AUGGAAUCUAGGGUCGGCGGAAGGGUGAAGACUUUCCACGCGAAUAUGCUCAAGAAAUAUAUUGAAAGAAAGAAUGCUGAUGAUGUUAAAAACCGAAAGCAGGAAUUGGGUGGAGGUGAUGACGGCGACAACGAAGGGGACAGUGUUGGCGGCCCAGUUUUUCACCUAACUGCAGUUUCCAUAAUUGAGACGAGCAUCGGGGGAUCCACUGGAGCGGUUGAUGACGAAGAAGUGCUGGAACUUGGUCCCACUGUACCGAAGGAAACAGUGGCAGACGUGGUCUUAGGUGAGCGACUGACUGAGGAACAGAGAGUCCAAUUAGAUGAACUGAUCGAUCGAUAUGAACACAUCUUCACCGACGUGCCGGGCAAUAGUAACCUUACAGAACACCAAAUAGAGGUGACGUCCGAGGAACCUAUUCGAUCCAAACAGUAUGCGGUACCCUGCAACGUGAGAGAGUCCCUAAAGGAGGAUAUCCAAGCAAUGCUGCAGAUGGGCGUGAUUAGAGAAUCGAAGUCUACCUAUGCGUCACCGGUCGUGGUCGUAUGUAAGAAGGAUGGUACGAAUAGAGUGUGCGUUGCCUAUCGGAAGCUUAAUCGUCUCACGGUUUUCGACCCUGCACCCGGUAAUACUGCCGAGGAGAUAUUUCAAAAGAUGGCCAAGAAAAAUAUUUCACAAGAAUUGAUUUGA